CCAUUUAGGGAGACUGAAUGUGAUGUUUUUUGCUAGAUGUUUUAAUGAAAACUGUCUGGAUAUCUUUACUGCACAACUUCAGAAAGUAUUUUAUUCUUUUAGUCUCAUAAAGACCUCUUAGCAGGAUUUGGUGAUCUUUGCUUGACUUGAGCCGUUUUCUUCGGACACACGUCAUCCUCGGUUCAGUGCCACUCCCAAAGGAUUAAGUUAGAAUAUGGAGCAAACCCACUGAGCAAACACGGGAGCGGGAGUCCUCUGAGUGCGUGGCCGAGUGGGUCGUCCCGUGUCCGGCCUUACGUGUGCUGGAGAUCCCGGUAAUAUGGGAUGUGGACUACGAAAAUUGGAGGACCCCGAGGACAGCAGCCCGGGGAAAAUCUAUUCCACUUUAAAGAGACCACAGGUCGAGACUAAAACAGACUCCGUGUACGAGUAUGUGCUGCUGGACUUCAGUCUGGAAGGUAGUCGGCCUACGGUGCAGUAUCUGUCAUCGCUGUGCGAGCUGCCUCAUGCCCUGCAGUCCUACUACACCCAGGGCUAUGUACUGGCCGCCCUGCAUCCCAUCAUCCUCUCUGUGGGCAGGACCCGCUCCCUGCCCUGCAGCCUGCUUUACCGGGCCAUUCUGGUCCGGCCACGAUCCAGUAAUCCUGCAGUGCCAAUGAUUGACAGCUUGCCAGUGUUGCGGGUGGAGGAGUGGCCACUGCCCGGAGAAUCUCUGACCAGUGACACAGUGAGACUGCUCAUAGACCGGGUGAACAGUUAUUCCAGGGGUGGCGUGCAGUUUGUGGGGUCGGUGCUCCAGCAGGCUGGAGGAGGGGGAUGUAAUGGUAGGGUGCCCAGUCCCAGGAGGGGCUGCCGUUCCCCGCCCCGCACCCCACCUCGCACCCCGCCUCAUACCCCACCCGGAGAUACAGAUCUAGAGGGCCGUAGCUACAGCCCAGACCUGAGGUUGUUGGUGCUGUUUCACUCCUGGGCUCCGGGAUGUGCGCCGCUGGAUUCGCUGGCUUGCUGUUACCACCAGGGUGCGCUGUCCAUGCGCGUGUCCAGGAAGGGUCAAGUCGUCAGUGCCCUGGAAGCUGAUUGGCUGGAAUUGACCGCAGCUUACUACCGCAAGGGCUGGUCAUUGGUCGACUCCUUUGUAUACUGGGACACACCUAAAGGUGAGCCAGUGCCCAGGUCUCUAGAGGGACUGUUUGUCUAUGAGGAGAGAAGCACAGCGCCACCUGCCAACGACACCAUUGUAGUGGAGCAGUGGACCGUUAUAGAGGGUUCAAAUGUAAAGACCGACUAUGGUCCUCUGCUCCACACACUAGCAGAAUUCGGCUGGCUGCUCACCUGUGUGUUGCCCACCCCAAUUAUUCGCCAUGACAGUGAAGGGAAUCUCGCCACCAAGCAAGUUGUUUUCCUGCAAAGACCCGUCAAGGGUCAAACGGUACCACAGCACAGUCAGGGAUCUACACGACGAGAGGUGUGCAGUCACUCUGUGAGUCGAGGUGUGGAUGAACCGCACACAGAGCUGUCGUCUCCAUGUUCCGGGGGAAUCGGCGGUUUCCCCGUGUUUGGAGGAGGGUAUCCCAGUGCCCUGUCCCAUUUAGAUGAGGGAGGAUUUGAGCCAGACGAUGGGGCUGCAGAAGUCACCUGUAUGUGAUGAACCAACUCAAAGAUGCAAUUUCUUUUUCAAGUUCUGUCAGAAAUCUUUGACGAUUGAGAGCGGCAAGUGGCAUAAAAUUGACCACAUCACCAGACCACGAGAUUUGUGUCCCUGUAUUAGAAACAGACUCAUAGCACGUUUAACACGUUGUAAAUUAUUUUUUAACAAGCCAUAAGGUAUCAUAGAGUUUGGUUUUAUUUACAUCAACAGUAUUUCGCAGCACUCGCACAAUACCAUGUUCAGUUCUGAUCACAUUUGUCUCAAGAUGGAGCUCCUACACUAUUUUUUUUCCUCAUCACUGUGAGUGUCCUUCCUGAUGGUUCAUUUUUUGCUGUUCUUUUUCCUGUUCCUUUUUUUACUUCACCCCAGCUGACAGUUCAGUUGUUUGUUCUAACACCUGCAACAGUUCAACGUGACGAACUCAGGAACUGAGUGUCCAAACAGUCCCACUGCAGGACGCUGACAUUUACUUGGUGUGCAGAUUUGCGAUGUGUUUACAUUUUCUUGCAGAAAUGUUCCAGGACUGGGAGUCAAAAUAUCAGAAAAGCUCCAUUUAGUUUGGGAUGCCAGUGUUUGAGGGAAAUGCAUAUGCACCAUAAGCAUACAGUGCUUCGGAAUGGAAUCCAAGAACUAGCCAGUACUAAACGCUGUAGUCUGGUUUAUCUGAUCUCUGCCAUGUGUUCAAGUGGUGCUAAAGCUGGAUUUGGAUCUUAAUCUCCUGGGAGUUUCUUCACACUAUCUAAAAGGAUAAAGGGUAAAACAUUUCGAUUUGCAUGUUAAGUGGCAGCAUUUCAGUUUAAUAACUCCUAAGGGACUAUGGGCAGGGUACUUUCUUUUGUUUGGUAUAAACUGACUAGUUCUCAGCUUAUACGGCUGGAUUUUUCAAACUGAGCUGAAGUGGUGCUGCUUGUGCUACCUUAAAAUGUUUGUAGAAUUUUAACCACGUUAAGCUUUGUAUUUUAUCAGAUUGUAUCUUGCGUUGCCUUGACGAUGUUUAUCCCUCUUUGAGGAAUGGUAGAAUAGAAGAAGCACAUUUUUGUUAGCUAAACAGUCUUUCAAGCUGCUGUAAAUGAUGAACCGAAUAAGAUGUUUCUUCAAUCCUAGAUGCUAAGCCGAAGAUAUUUAACAUUAUAUUCUAAUAUACCAGAACUGAUCAGUAUUAUUUACCAACUGUAGUGUCUGAACGUGUUUCAGACAGUUUUUGUAAUGGUUUAUUAAAUGGGUAUUUACCAUUUACCUCGUA